CCGCCCUCUCUUUGCCCCCAAAAGCUCACCAGUACUCGACCUUUUAAGCCUCUCUCUCUCUCUCUCUCUGACCCCCUCUCUUCUUCCUUUUAGCUUACAUAAAAUCCCGCUGAUUAAAAAAGGUGACGGCAAUGGCAUUGAAGACCCAGUCACCUACCAGCACUUGUAAUUACCCAUCGACUUUGUUGUUGAGAUCAUCAAGCUUAAUAAGCAGCUUGAGCAACGGCAACAGAAAUAUGGCCCUCGGAGUCAGACUGCGUAACGAAGAGAAACGGAGCCGGCUGGUUGUUCAAUCAAGCGGCAGCAGCGGUAGCCUUGGUGGUGAGAAAUGGGGGCCUAAACCCAGCACCUUUCCGGAUUCUGUUCCUUGCCUCAGCGACAUCCUCUGGCCUUCCGCAGGGGCAUUCGCCGCGAUGGCUGCUUUAGGAAGGAUGGAUCAGAUGUUGGCAUCUCGCGGGCUGUCCAUCACCAUCGCGCCUCUGGGGGCUGUAUGCGCCGUUUUGUUCGCUGCUCCCAAUUCUCCCGCCGCUAAGAAAUACAAUAUCUUUGUGGCUCAGAUCGGUUGCGCAGCGUUUGGGGUGUUGGCACUAUCGAUGUUUGGGCCAGGUUGGCUUGCCAGAGCCGCAUCUCUUGCUGCAUCUAUCGCAUUCAUGGUCGCCACCGGUUCCUUGCAUCCUCCAGCUGCGAGCUUGCCAAUAUUGUUUAUUGAUGGAGCAAAGUUCCACAGCUUGAAUCUGUGGUACACCUUGUUUCCAGGGGCAGCUGGCUGCCUAGUUCUUUGUCUGAUUCAAGAGAUAGUGACAUAUCUGAAGCAAAAUUGCAAGUUUUGAUUCUGAGGAGCAACCAAUUCUUUCUACAUUGCGCACACAAGUAUUACGGGGUGAGACGAAGGAACUCUUGUCGAUUUCAGGCACACAAAAGUCAUGGAUAUAAUGUAUACCAAGCAUCCUCGUUACCUCAACCCCAGACUUGCGAAUUCAUACAAUUUCCACAAAAUAAUGGAUAUCAUCUAUACAGAGACCUUUCUAUGUGAUUAUAAUUUUUUUAAUCAUAUGAAUUUAAAGGAAAAUAAUCUGUCAAGUUGGUCA